CUUUACACUUGCGCUGUUCUCGAUAAAAUCAUUUUCGAAAUAUCCUCUGAUACAGGGAAAUUCCUUAAUUGGUAACUCAGAUCUACGGUUUUUGACAACCACGUUUUGUUGUGAGUAGUGAAAGGCCAUUUUUAUUAAGUUUUCUAUCUGAAUCUUAGGUAAUCAAUAACCGAGAUGUAUGAAAAUAAUGUUGCAAAUUGAUUUAUUUAAAGGAACUAAUAGAAGGAUAAUGGGUAAAAAAAUAACGUUAGUAAAAUAACAUAAAACUUAAACUAACAAAACGUAACACUGACAGUGGCGUUGUUACGUCAACUGUCAAUGUCAAAUCAUCUUUAGAAGAAUCAGCUGGUUGAGUGAUUUUUAUUCAUUCAUAUUUGGUUAUCUUGCAGGGGAUUUAAAAUAUUUCAGUAAUUAACGAUGGCGUUAAGAACGAGGAUACUUAAAUUAUCGAAUUUACGAUGUGUAACGCAGCAGGCAUCAAGGCUCCGUGCUAUGAGUACUCAAAGUACUCAAACAUCGCCCAAGGAAGGCCCUGCGACCGCGACAGAGGAAAUGAAACCUGGCCAAACACAUUUCGGAUUCCAAGUCGUAGCAGAAGAAGAGAAAACCAAAAAAGUCCACGAAGUAUUCGAAACUGUAGCAGAGAAGUACGACCUGAUGAAUGAUGUGAUGUCCAUGGGCAUCCACCGGAUGUGGAAGGAUAUCUUCAUGUGCCGGCUGGCACCACAGCCAGAGACUAAACUGUUGGACAUGGCGGGUGGCACAGGUGACAUAGCAUUCAGAUACAUAAAGUACCUGCAGAACCUGGGUCCGUCACAGGGCACACACAGCAGUGUCACAGUCUGCGACAUCAACCAGGCCAUGUUGGAUGUCGGCAAGCAGAGGGCACAGAAACUAGGCUACACGCCAGAGUCGUGCGGUGUGGAGAUAAACUGGAAGUGUGCUGACGCGGAGCGGCUCGACCUGCCCGACGACAGCUACACCGCCUACACCAUCGCGUUCGGCAUCAGGAACUGCACUCACAUUGACAAGGUAUUGGAGGAAGCAUACAGAGUCCUGACGCCAGGUGGUCGCUUCAUGUGCCUGGAAUUUAGUCAACUGCCGAAUGAUACGCUGCAGUGGGUAUAUGACCAGUACUCGUUCCAAGUGAUCCCUGUGUUGGGGCAACUGUUUGCGGGGCAGUGGAAGCCAUACCAGUACCUCGUCGAGAGCAUACGACAGUUCCCUAAUCAGGAGAAAUUCAAAUCGAUGAUAGAAGACGCCGGCUUCCGACAGGUGACCUAUGAGAACCUGACGUUUGGCACAUGCGCCAUACACUCCGGGUUCAAGAUAUAAUGGUCCUCAGGCUGUUGGUGUUCAUUAAGUUUUAUACUAUUUAGGAGACUGUAAAUAUAGGAGGUAUUUAUAUUGA